UGGUGAUCUAGUUUGAUUUAUUUAGAAGAUGUUUUGCUGUCAUAAAGCUGGUUUGAUCAUUAUUUGAAAGGCGUUUUGAGAACACAGUACAUUUCGCUGUUACAAAGCUGGUUUGGCCAUUAUUAAAAUAACGUUUUAAGAACAGACAGGUCUAACUGUCUUUAGAAAAUAUCAAAUAAUUAAUAUCAUAUAUAAUUGUGUUCUAAACUUAAGAGUAAUCUGAAGAUCUACAGUGAAGUUACAAAGUAACGAUUCCAAAGACAUGGGCUGAAAAAGAAAGUCGGAACUUUUUACGCAACUGAACCGGAAUUAAAAUGUGAAAUUUUGAUCUUGUAAUCAAUUACAAACUUGUUGCUAUUGGCGAUUUAGCAUCAUCGAAGUGAUAUACUAGUGGAAAGGUUUUGAUCAAUUUCACGUAGUCAAGGAGACUGAAUUUGAUGGAAUGUUUGAAAAAGAUGUAGACUAAUUUUAAUGGUUGAAACUUUUCCAUUUUCCUUUGAUGUCGUGAACAAUGGUGUAAAAAUAUCAGAAAAAGUUUCUUUAAAAGCGUUCAAUUUGCAAAUAUGAACAACACAACGACAGUAAACGAAGUGAAUUUAAUGUUUUCGCUAGAAGUUACCAUAACUAUUGGAAUACUUUCAACGUUGUUGGCUGUACUCACCACUGGUGGAAACUUGCUUGUAUUGUUAGCCUUUGCAACAGAUAGCACCAUUAGAAAGUUUGGUGAUUACUUCAUACUCAAUCUGGCAGUGGCGGAUUUCAUCAUUGGAUGUUUGUGUAUACCACCAUAUAUUCCGUACUUGUUGACCGGAGAGUGGUCCAUUGGGCGCUUCUUCUGUAAAUUUUGGUUGGUGCUUGACUAUGUCGCCCCUGCUACCUCAACCCUUGCAGUCUGCGUUAUCAGUAUAGAUCGCUAUCUUUCAGUAGCGUACGCUAUUAGUUACAAAGGCCGCCAAAGCAACAGACUUAGAAAUAUGAUGUUGGUAACGCCAUGGGUAAUAACAUUUUGCGUCUUUUGUCCUGCCAUUGUUUUCUGGGAAAUGGUUUCGGGUGUUGAUGACCUACCAGAAAGUGUGUGCGUCAUUCCGUAUCACAAAAAUCUUGGGUAUCUUCUAUUUGGUGGCUUUGUAGAGUUUAUUUUACCUCUAACUAUUAUCAUAACGCUGAACUUCUUGCUGUUUUUAAAUGUCCGAAAACGAUCCAGAAUUGGUAUAACUGGACAAUCUCGACCAUCUGUGUUUACGGUAUCAGAUGCUAGAUCUGGUACUGAGUCGACUCAAGUGGGCGAUACACCGAAUCCCGGUAGGCAAAUACACCUCCCAGUACCAAUAGGUACUUCUUUAGGGAAACCGAAUAAAGGCAACGAUAAGUUCAGUCGGGAUCGAAGGGUGGCGAAAUCAUUGUUUACGUUAGUUUUCAUUUUCGUCAUUUGUUGGAUGCCUUUCGAGAUAAUGUCCAUGGUUCUCAGUGUAUCACCAGACGCUAUACAUCCAACAGUUUUUGAGGUCGCCUUUUGGAUAUUAUGGAUAAAUUCCACCGUAAAUCCAAUUCUGUAUCCAUUUUUACACACCAGGAUAAGAAAAGCCUUUAUAAAAUUAAUC